AUGGCGUCCACCGUCGACGCGGGCGAACGAACGACGGCGACGGCGACGGCGAGGACGACGGAGCGCGCGCGCGCCGCCGAGACGACGACGACGAACGACGCCUCGGGACGACGACGACGACCGAUGCGCGCGUGCUUGAUCGUGAUGUGCGGGAAACCGUCGAGCGGGAAGACGAAGACGGUGAGAGAGCUCGCGGAGCGGCUCGAGCGCGAGGUGGAGACGGAGGUGGUGGUCGCGGACGAGGCGGGCGUAAACGCGCGGACGCGAGACGAGGCGUACGAGAACGCGACGACGGAAAAGAUGAUCAGAGGAGCGCUCAGGAGCGAGGUGGACAGGGUGCUUCAUACCUCGGGACCGUGCGUGAUUUUGGAUUCGAUGAACGCCAUUAAGGGGUUUCGGUACGAGCUGUGGUGCGCGGCGCGCGCGGUCGCGGCGCGGUACUGCGUCGUGUACGUCGAGUCGAGCGACGAGCGCUGUACGGAGCUCAAUCGAGCGCGUCGCGACGAUGAUAUGAAGGAUUCGUACUCGGAAGAAAUUUUGCGCGAUCUGUGCUACAGGUUCGAGCAUCCCAUCGCGGGAAAUCGAUGGGACUCACCGCUGUUCACGUUCCGACCGGCGACAGACACCGGGGUGCAUCGCGAGGAUUUGUUCGAUGCGAUCUGCGCACACGUGCGAGGAGACGCCACCAGAACGACGCCUAGUGCACGAGCGCUCGUGCCAAACAAAGCGACGCAGAAUGCGCCGCUGAGCGACACAAAUUGGAGAUACGAGAUGGAUCGAGCGACGCAGGACAUCAUCGACGCCAUUUUGUCGGCGCAAGAGCUCAACGGAGGGUGCUGUUGCUCCUCGUACACGUUUGGCGAGGGUGUUCCGACGUUGCGAUCACCCAGAGUGCUCACGCUCGCUGAACUUCGCCGAAGAAAGCGCGACUUCCUACAGCUUGCGUCAAAGUCUCUCAAGACGACGCGACAAAGCGUGCAGAGACUUUUUGUGGACGAGUUACAGCGUCGGGUCGACGAUCCAGCGUCGUUUAGAUGA